AUGCCACGUGUUGUACAUAUACGUAAACCGGAAUUAGCUAUAUUACAUCGUUUCAUACAAUUUGGUAUAUUAACUUAUUUUAUAAUUUAUGUAAUGUGGUUAAAAAAAGGUUAUCAAUCAUUUGAUCGUCCUAUUAGUGGUGUAGCUGUUAAAGUAUAUGGUAUAGCAUGGAAACAAAUAUUUAAAUAUCAAAAUCCUGAUACAAAUGGUAUAAUUGUAUUAGAUAAUGGUGAUUAUUUAUUACAACCAACACAAAAUUCUGGUUUUUAUUUAAUUACAACAAUUAAACAUUUUGUUAUACAAAGUAUGACAACAUGUAGUGAAAGUGAUCGUUUACCCGAUGCAAUAUGUUAUCAUGAUAAUGAUUGUCCAAUUGGUUAUCAAGCUGGUUAUAAACCUUAUGGUCCAGAUGGUAUUGUACCAAAUGAAAAUAAUAUAGAAAUUGAUGAAAGUGGACAUGGGAUAUUUACUGGAAAAUGUUUAAUACAUUAUAAUAAAUGUCAAAUUUAUGGUUGGUGUCCAACUAGUGAUGAUUAUGAAUAUGAAUUACGUAAACAACGUUAUUAUAAAUUACAAUUAAUAAAACCACCAAAUAUAUUAGAAGGUUUUUAUAAUUAUUUUAAUGAUUUAGAUUUUUUAGAUAAUAAACGACAAAUUAAUGAACGUACUAUACAUUUAAUAGAUCCAUUUUUUGAAAUGAUUAAUUUUACAUUAUUUAUUAAAAAUAGUAUAGAAUUUCCUCAAUUUAAAAUAAAACGUAGUAAUAUCUUAUCAUGGAUGACAGAAAUUUAUAUAAAAAAUUGUUUAUAUCAAUCAACACAUCCAAUUGAUAAAUAUUGUCCAAGAUUUCGUUUAUAUGAUAUAUUUCAAUUAGCUAAAAUUAAUUCAAAUCGUUUAUUAAAAUAUGGUGGUGUUAUAGCUAUAACUAUAUAUUGGCAAUGUAAUUUCGAUUGGAAUAUUAAUUAUUGUUUACCAAAUUAUGAAUUUUUAGAAUUAGAAAGUGUACAUAAAGUAAGAAAAAUGAAUACAAAUAAAAUAAAUUAUAAUAAAAUAAUGAAUUCAUCUGAAUCAACAUUAGAUUAUACUUAUAAAGUAUAUCAAUCAUAUAACAAUGAUAAUGCUGUUGAUGAUGAUGAUGAUGAUGAUGAUGAUAUUAUUGAUGAUAAUGAAGAAGUGAUUACAAUACAUGAAGGUUCCAGUUUACGUAGUACUGCAUAUUAUGGUUAUGAUACAGAAUUAAUAAAACAACGUAAACGUAUAUUAAUACAUGUCAAUGGUAUACAAUUUAUUAUAAGAGUGAAUGGUAUAGCUGGUAAAUUUAAUUUAUUAUCAUUUACAAUGAAAUUUGGUUCAGGAUUAGCAUUACUUAGUUUAUCAACAAUAAUAACUGAUUUUAUUUUAUUUUAUUUUACAUAUAAUCGAAAAAAAUAUAAAAAAAUUAUAUGUGAUGAUAAAACAAUCCAUUUUUUAUCACAAAUGAUUAUUAAGAAAAAACAUUUAUCAACAUCUGAAUUGGAAACAAAAUCUUCUUCCUGUUGA